AGAGAUUCGGAUGUCCCCAAACCCGAGCAUUUCACACCCACAGUCUUCAUCCACUUGACUCCAAGGACCCGCCUACACGCGUUGUCUUUCUCCUUUAUUCCGAUUCAUUUUCCAUUGCCGAUUCAGUGUUUCAACGAACCUUAUAUGGACCAAUCCGUCUGGCGAUAGCUUCCUUUAUGCCAGUGCUCCUAGCCAUGCUUUAUCCAUGAGCCUCUCCUCUCCACCAAUUCCUGCGCUCCUCCAUGACCAGCACAUUGGAGUCCUCUCUACGAGCCAACGGUGAACUACUGCAUGCCAAUUAAGUCUCCGUUUAGCUUAACCCAAAGGACACAACCCUGAACAUCUAAAAAACCUCAUAUAUAAAUACUGUACUCUUAUUCAUUUAAACUGGUUCAGAACAGUAGCAGGGGGGAAAAAACGAACUCUUGUUUACAGUGCGCACCACAUACUUUCUCACGCCAUGUCGUUCAGCAACACAAAGACGGGCUUCUCUGUAAAGGACAUUCUGGAUCUUCCUGACACCAAUGGAGGUUCUGAAACGGAGGAGACUGAAGAUGAGAACGAGGUGGAAACGACUGAGACUUUGACGCAAAAUCCAUCUUCUGAAAACACUGGAAAUGUGCCCUACAAGAGCCUUUUGUGUGAUGGUGGUGGUAAUCCCUACUCAAGAUGGCUUGCCUCCUCCAGCACCAUCCAAUAUUCAUUGCAUAGUUUGUCCGUUGAUUCUCGAAACGAACCGAAAUAUCCAGAGCUGUCCGCCGACGAAUCCCAAGAUAUCGACAGGGACGCCACAGGUGACAGCAGCGACUCGGGUAAGAAGAGGAAAAGGAGAGUGCUGUUUUCCAAAGCUCAAACCUACGAACUUGAGCGACGAUUCCGACAACAGAGAUAUCUCUCGGCGCCGGAGAGGGAGCGCCUUGCAAAUGCACUACUACUGACACCGACUCAGGUGAAGAUCUGGUUCCAGAAUCACCGGUAUAAAAUGAAGAGAGCACGCGCUGAGAAGGGUAUGGAGAUGGUUAAUCUCGUGUCCCCAAGACGGGUGGCCAUUCCGGUUUUGGUUCGGGAUGGAAAGCCAUGUGACACUAACAAAACUCAGGAUCUCGAGGCCUCAUUCAGUGCUGGAAUACCUCUGUCGGCGUAUAGCGCCUAUUCUCUCCAUCACAUGCAUAUGCGCUCUCACUACAGCCCCGACGCCAUCUCACAGCUGCCUAGUGUGCAUCACAUGGCGCAAAUGUACCAAUGGACUUGGUAGACGAUGGAUACUCAAAAUAACUUUGAUUCAACAAAAAUACGAUCUGAAGAAAGGGAUUGAAAUUGUAUCGAUAUUAUGAACUCUAUUUUACCCAUAUCAGAGCUAAUUAUUAUGUGGCCCAUGGGGUCUGGACAAUGUUAGGGUUCUUGAAAUUCCGUUCUUUUUAUAAUGUUUGCCAAAUGAAUGUUAUAAAUGAAUGUUAUUUCUGUUGUAAAGUGCGCAAAAUGCUCAUAUUAUGAAUUAAUUUAUGUUUUUGGGUGGACUGUUGAUUGAUCUUGAAUAUUUAUGGCCGUGAAUAAACUUCUGUCAGUUUGAUGUGGUUAUUAUUCCUUUAUUAACCUACAUUAAAUUACUUUUAUACCGGCCCAGUAAGGGGAAUCGAACAGAACCUCGGAUAUAAAUGUUUCGUUAUUCGUAAAAAUCGCUACAUACAUAUACAUGCCAUUAUGCACAGAACUAGAUGAAAACGAGUUCCCUUUUUAAAGUAGAAGAUCGUGCAAAACCUGUUUAAUGACUUCCUGUAUCUAAUUCGGUUCAGGGUUUACGUUGGAUCACAAAGCAAAACAUGGAAGCAAAUAACUCUGAAGAGAAUAUCUUGCAAACACAGUCUGGACAAUUUCGUUCAUAUCGAAAGUAAAAAGGGCUUUUUCGAGUUAUGCAAAGGCCUACAACAAAUAUAUAUAUGUUUUGUGAUGUUUUCCUUACAUUUCCUAAUUGAAAAGCAUGCAUGGCUUAUUACAGCACUCCAAAAGACCAAUUAAGCUAGAACAA